UGCCAUGGGGUUUAUUUUGGCUAAAUGAAGCCAUUAAUACAACAAGACUGCUGUGCAGGUUAAUAAAAGAGCAAACCAUAAAUGGCAAUAGUAACAAAAAUUUAAAACACAAAAUGGGCAAGUGUAAAGCACAAAAGGAAACCAAAGUUAGUCAAACAGAAAUGGCUAUAAGCCUAAUUAGAAAUGCUCAUAGCAGUGUAAGUGAAAUUGAAAAUGACAGUGAGUUACCAGAAAUUCAAGUACCGAUAAAACAAGAAGUUCAGAAACAAGAUGGCACUGUUUGUGACUUGAAUUUAAAGAGGAGCAGGAGAGGGGCUGUGAGAAGUAAAGAAAAACAGAACGCUUGUAUUCAAUCAGAGGAAGUAAGUCUGAAUGAAGUUGCACAUCUGAUUGAAGAAGUUAAAUCUGAAGUAACAGAUCUAAUGUAUGACACUGAAAAUGGUGGUUUUGGUGGUACUGACCAGCCAAUAUGUUUAGAGUCAUCUAGCAUGACCAGAAAACGUGACUGCAGUAGAUCCAACACAUCAAAAAGAAAACUUAUAAGAAAGGCUCCCAAAAGUGAUGAAAAUUUCAACUGCAAGAUCUGUGAUAAAACAUUUUCUACGAAAUAUGUGUACCAGAAACACAUGGCUGUACAUUCAGGAGAGAAGCCAUACAGCUGUGAGAUUUGUGGUGCCUUGUUCUCUCUGCGGGAGUACCUCACCAGUCACAUGACAUGUCACAGCGCUGAGAGAAAGUUCAAGUGUGACGAGUGUGGUGCAGCCUUCUUCCGGAGAGGAAAUCUGAUUGCCCAUAAACAGUCACAUACAGACGUGCGUGAGUUCAAGUGUGAGGUUUGCUCCAAGUAUUUCAAGACAAAGGCGUCACGUGAUGCCCACUUGAAACACCACGGUACCAAGACGCAUGUUUGCCUGAAGUGUGGGAAGGGUUUUAUUAAUGCCACCCUUCUAAGGAAACAUGUCAAUCUACAUGAGGGUCAUAAGCCAUACACAUGUGAGAAAUGUGGGAAAUGUUUCCCGUACAACCAGAGUCUGCAGGAACACAUGUUACGGCACAAGGGGGAGAUGCCUGUAUCCUGUGAUAGGUGUGGGAAAAGGUUCAACAAUGUUAGACAGUUAAAAGCCCACUCCAAGUACCAUGAGCUGAGAACCGACUUCCACUGUUCUCUGUGUAACUUGUAUUAUGAGUCCCUGAAAUCCUUGAAGAAACACUGCUACAUGUCGCACGCCACUGACCACUCGUGCGAGUUCUGUGGGGAAAAGUUCUCCAACAAACGCGUCCUAGCUUCCCAUAGAUUCAAGCAACAUAAGGAUAAGAGAGAGAGUAGGAAGAGGAAGGUUGAUAUCGAAGCUGUUAUAGAGGAUAAGGUGAUGUGUACACUGUGUAAGAGAGUGUUCAUAAACAAGGAAUGCUUGGCUGAUCAUUUGAUUGAACAACAUGAUUGGAAGGAAGUAGACGUUGAAACCUUUUUUCAGGCUAAGGACACAGACAGGAUUAUAACUCUGAGGCUGCAGGAGGAGAAAGGCAAGGAGAACUACAAGGUGUAUUAUAAGGAUGAAGAAAUGGAUGUAUUUGUAACGGUGAAAGAUGGAGAUAAAGGGCUGACUAAUGAGAGUGCUGAUGAAAUAGUUGAUAGGGAACAAAGUGAAGAAGUCAAAUUAGUAACUGAGAGAAAAACUAAUAAAGAGGAUGUAACAGUUACUUCAACUGGUGAUAUCGAUCUCAAUAUUGAAGAUAAUUCAGUCCAGUACAAGUGCAUUUAUGUUGAAGGUGACGAAGCCAUAGUAACAAACUCUGGUGAUGGUUGUAUAACUAUUAUACCUCAGACUUCUCUUGAUAUACCAGCAUCAACAGAUCAUGAGACAAGUAAUGUAGAAAAUAUAUUAUACAAUAUAGUGGAGAAACCUAAUAUGGCUGGCACAAUAAAUGAAAAUGAAAAACUGUAUGUCAUUGUUCCGGACAACAGCCAUGAGGAUGUGAAUAUCGAAAACAGAUUAAAAAUAGCUUCUGGUAUAGAUUUAAACACUGUACAAGAUACAGCUGUGCUAGAAGAUGAGACAAAUAAUGUAGAGUAUGACUUGAGUGAGAGUGAUAAUCAUGUUUUGGUUGAGAGGGAAGAUCACAUAGUUGUGAUAGUUGACAAAGAGAGUGGAGAAGGCACCUUUACCAUAGACGGACAGGAGUUUCAGAUCUUAACUGAGAGCAUUGAAGGUGCUGACCAGGCUGGUGAGAAGAGUAGUGAGAUAAUAGAGGUGUUUAAUGAUCACAUUGGUGAACCACUACACAAUCCAGUAGUCAUUGCCAAUGAUGGAGCUGCAAACCUGUUGUCAAAACAAAAACCUCUUGAUGAUCUUAUUGGAUCCCUUCAGACAAAUGGCAUUAUGGGUAGUUUGGGGAAUUUUGAACCAGGGAGUUCUAACCCAAGCAGUAUUAGUUCCAGGGAGCAAUUAAGUGCGGGAAACAUUCCUCAAACAGUGGAACAUUUAAACAGUUACACAUUUGGCUCUACUAAAGCUCAGACAAAUACACCAAGUAACGGGACAAUGGAGCUAAAUGAAAUCCAUACUGUAGACAGUGAUUAUCGAGUGAAAAAUCGUAUAAGUAAUUCUGGUAAUAUGUUGGAUACAAAUUUGAUUCCUAUUUCCAACAUGGCAUCAGAUAUUGCUAAUUUUGAACAAGCAAUAAAAGCAAAAGCUGAAAGCUUUCAAAGAGUUGAAGAUUAUAAUAACUUUCUGGAUAAAAUGAUGCUUUCAAUUCAAAAGGCUAAAAUAGAACAAAAUUGUAAAUCUGAUUGUACUUAGUACUAUAUUGUUUGUUUGUGUGUAUUAAAAUACAACAUGUUAACAAUGCUUUGUGUUAACAAAACCCCUCAAAUUGAA